AUGUUAGCAAUCGCCAAAUGGAGUCUGCUUGCCACAAUUGUUAACAGUUUGCUGUUAUGUACUUUAGCCAUUGAGCGGCCGCCAGCGCAUGCCCACGUAGGCAAUGUAGCGUCACAAACCGCAUCCGCGCAUCAACAAGCAACACAAACGACGCGUAAUGUGCGCGAAAGCACAGCGUAUACCGCGCCACAUACGACGCAUUUGAAGCAAGCAUCAUUGUUGAAUACAGCCUCAGCGGUAACUGUAGCGCCUGCCGCCGACAGCCAACGCAACGCGCGCAACCUUUACGCGCCUUUUAAUACCUUCAGCAAGUUGGAUGAAGCGCCUUUUACCGAUUGGCACCGACGCGCCGAUGGCACAGUAGUGCAAACUUUUGGCGCUUAUCGUAGUGGACGCGCCCUUGCCGCGGUCGCGCAACAGCCACAAAUGCAAAUGCACAACGCCGCCGCACAGCGUCGCUCUGAUGUUAUUACUACCGUGGAGGUAAUACCAGCACCCGGUAUUGAACUCUCCAGCAGUACAAACAAUGCUGCGGCCGGUAAUGUACCCAUCACAAUACCGAAGCAAGUCGUGCCUGACGCAAAUGCCGCAGCAACCGCGCCAGUCGCCGCUCCGGUCAUAGUGAACGCGACGCGUAGUUCACGGCAGCGCAACUAUGUCUAUAUACCGCUGCAACAGCAAGCUACCAGCACAACAUUGUUGCCAAAACGCAACAAUAGCUCGUUUGGUUAUUUGGGUCCACCAGUCCAUGCUGUCGCAGCGGCUGUUCAAGAGUUCGGCGAAGAGUUAUUAAAUGCGCGCACCGAUCGCAGCGAUCUAGCAACUGCGCCAGCGCCUGGCGCACCAAUCACAUCCACAGACAAAGUCGAUUUUGAUGAUGAGGAUCCGGCGCGUCGCAAUGGAUUCAAAUUUCCGAGUUAUAGCCUCAAACCAGCUAGUCCCUUCUAUCCACAAGGUUACCGCGAGGAUAAUCCCAUCUUCACGGAAGCCACAGGUUUCGAGGCACCUUAUAGCGAAGACGCGCUGGCGCAAGACACACGUCACACGCGGCAGCUCAUCUAUGAAAACAGCGACGCCACACCGAUUUCACAUCCCUUCGAAUUUCCCGGCUUGGUUUCCAAUAACAAGCCGCAUACUUUGAGCUCCGCCAUCGCUGCGGGUAAAUUGUUUCGUGAAGAGGUGACCAAGUUUGGUGAUGUGAAUGGUCCCAUAACAGCGGUGCCACAGCGUCCACAACGCGGUUUGUUCUUUGGUGAUACGGAAUUUCGUACGGGUCCGCCACGCCCAUUUGUUCCACAGAAAGCGUUUAAUGAAUACGUCGGACCAAAUGGCCCCGUCGAUUAUCAGAGUUCGAGAAAGAGUCGCUUUUUCCCCUUCAAAUCGUCACGCAGUCCACGAGUCGUCUUCCCGGUUAACGAUAACAUUGGCACGACGGGACCUAGUGGUACCGGCAAUGGCGUAUAUUUCAGCGAUAGCGUGGCUUUCAGAGAUCAAAAUUUCGGCCUCAACGACUUGGCCGCCAUUCAAGAUGUACGCAACGAAUUCAGUUUACAAGACAUUGAUGGCACAUCAGAGAGCAGUUUGACGGGCGCACCAUCGUCGGGUACAUUCAAAGAAAAAGUCGAUAUCACAACCGAACUAGAAUGUCAACACCGCGGUGGUACUUGUGAGUUUUUUCUCGGUUGUUGGAUGAGCGGCGGUCUACUGCAGGGCACAUGUAAUGGCCUGCUGCGCGGUUGCUGUCAUCGCACAGCCAAAUCGGCUAACCUACGCACCUCCGAUUUCGUGGGCAAUACAAUCGAUCUGACUGAUCUUCCGCAUAAAAACUAUGGCCCGGUUAAAAAUGAUGCCAGUUGCGGCAUUUCGCUGGCCAAACAGGCCGCUCAGCGGCGCAUAGUCGGCGGCGACGAUGCCGGUUUCGGUUCGUUUCCCUGGCAGGCGUACAUACGUAUCGGAUCCUCGCGAUGCGGCGGUUCAUUGGUGUCGCGCCGUCACGUCGUCACCGCUGGUCAUUGUGUGGCACGUGCCACACCACGCCAGGUCCAUGUCACUCUUGGCGAUUAUGUAAUCAACUCCGCGGUUGAACCACUGCCAGCUUACACGUUCGGUGUGCGUCGCAUCGAUGUGCAUCCGUAUUUCAAAUUCACACCGCAGGCGGAUCGUUUCGAUGUGUCCGUUUUGACGCUGGAGCGACCGGUGCACUUUAUGCCGCAUAUAGCUCCUAUCUGCUUACCGGAGAAGAAUGAGGACUUUCUGGGAAAAUUUGGUUGGGCAGCGGGCUGGGGUGCUUUAAAUCCCGGCUCACGACUGAGGCCUAAGACCUUACAAGCCGUGGAUGUGCCAGUGAUUGAGAACCGCAUUUGCGAACGCUGGCACCGUCAAAACGGCAUCAACGUUGUCAUCUAUCCCGAAAUGAUGUGCGCUGGCUAUCGCAACGGCGGCAAGGACUCCUGUCAAGGUGACUCUGGCGGACCGUUGAUGCAUGAGAAGAAUGGCCGUUGGUAUUUAAUAGGCGUGGUUUCAGCUGGCUACUCGUGCGCAUCGCGCGGCCAGCCGGGCAUCUAUCAUCGUGUACCCUAUACGGUAGAUUGGAUAUCCUAUGUCGUCGGUCUGACAACGAAUGUGUAG